AUGGCUCAGGCACCUCCAGGUUCCCCACCCGAGCGUCCGGCUCCAGGCACCGGACCUGUGACCUCACCUCUACACCUUCAACCCCAAGUGACUAUCUCCGUGCAUAGCUCGCUCAAAGCUGUCCGUCGCCCUUCUUUCCUACAAAGGGUGCACAUCCCUUUCCCUGCCCCCCCCCCCUGCCCCAGGCUCGAGGCCUCUCCUCCCCUGCUCCCCUGCCCCAGGCUCGAGGCCUCCCUUCCCACUCGACCCGCCACCGCCCGGCAAGCCAGAUACAGCAUACUGCACAGCACCGACAGGGGCGACUUCAGCUCGGAAGCCGGAAGCCCAGACAUGCCGUCCAAACGCGACCUCCGCAUCUUCUGCUUCGGCGACUCCCUGACGGCGGGGUACUCUGGCUUCGGGAGCUCCUACACGCCGUACUCGGAGGUCCUCGAGACGAAGCUCGCGGCCGCGUUCCCAGACGCCGACGUCCGGGUGCACGAGAAUGGCAUGCCGGGCGACAUUGUCUCCGCGGAAGCGUUCAACAGGCGACUGAGGGCCGAAUUGGACGAGGCCAAGACGCCGUAUGACUGGGUCGUCAUCCUCGGCGGCACAAAUGAUAUCGCGUACAAGAUCGCCCCGGAGACCAUCGUCGACAAUCUGAAGGAGUCGUAUCGCAUCGCGCUCGACAAGGGGAGCAAGGUCCUCGCGCUGACGGUGCCGGAGACGCAUGCCAGGGCGCCGUGGGUGAAGGAUGCGCGGCGGGCGGUGAAUGAGGGCGUCAUGGCGUAUGACGACCCGAAAUCGUGA